UACAUAAUCGCCAAGGUUCCUCCCGCAAGACCGCCCGAGAACUUCGACCUCCUUCACGAAUCACCUCCCAUUACAACCCCUCUCAUUUCAUCACGAUGGCCGUCGGACGCUCCGCCGCCCUCAAGCUCGACUGGACCAAGAUUGGCACGCAGCUAGGUCUUAAAGGCCAAACUGCUGCCGCUCUUCAGGCCUUCAAGAAGCGCAACGACGAUGCCCGCCGCAAGCUCACCGUCCUCCAAGAACAGCCACAGACCGUCGACUUCGCGCACUACCGCUCCGUUCUCAAGAACACCGCCAUCGUCGAUGAGAUUGAGAAGAGCUUCAGCUCUUUCAAGCCCCAGACUUAUGAUGUUGGAAGGCAAAUCAAGGCCAUCGAGACUUUCGAGGCCCAGGCCUUGAAGAGCGCCGAGGAGACCAAAUCGGUUGUGGACAAGGAGUUGAGCGAUUUGCAGAAGACACUUAAGAACAUCGAGGAUGCCAGGUCAUUCGAGGAACUCACCGUGGAUGAGGUUGCCUCUGCCCAACCCGAUAUCGACAAGCGCACCGAGCAGCUCGUAUCCAAGGGCCGCUGGGCUGUUCCGGGUUAUAAGGAGAAAUUCGGCGAUCUAUCCGUUCUCUAA